GCCAGAUUCCUGAGCCUGGUCCCCCUCCGCCCCAGAGACUGCGCCUGCGCGCGCCCUGGACGCCUGCUGCGCGAUGACUGCCAGCGCGGCGGAGCAGCUGCGGAAGGAGGGCAACGAGCUGUUCAAAUGCGGGGACUACGAGGGCGCCCUGACGGCCUACACUCAGGCCCUGGGUCUGGGUGCUACGCCCCAGGACCAGGCCAUUCUGCACCGAAACCGGGCCGCCUGCCACCUCAAGCUGGAAGAUUACGACAAAGCAGAAACCGAGGCAUCCAAAGCCAUUGAAAAGGACGGAGGAGAUGUCAAAGCACUUUACCGGCGCAGCCAAGCCCUAGAGAAGUUGGGCCGCCUUGACCAGGCUGUCCUCGACCUGCAGAGAUGUGUGAGCCUGGAGCCCAAGAACAAAGUUUUCCAGGAGGCCCUGAGGAACAUCGGGGGCCAGAUUCAGGAGAAGGUACACGAAUGACCGAGAGAGAGGCAG